CCAAUUAGAGGCAGUUUCAGAAACUUUAACUUGGAUGGAAUGUUCUUUCCCGUAAUCAGUUGCUCUUCUAAGCUGAGUUGUCGCUUUUUGCUCGGCGGCGAUCACGGCAAGCUGAAGUUCUGUCCUCCAGAAGAGUUCUCUCCUUUAGUGGAAAGCCUGCUUCCGCAACAGAUUCUCAACCUCGAUUCUUGCUUCUACUUCGGAAACAUGAACAAGAACGUGAUCGCAGGCCCGCUUUUAAUAGAAGAUGAUACCGCUUUUGUGCCCAAUCCUGUGGAUACUUCCAUGGUUGGUUUGCCCAGUUAUAUUGAAUCAAUCAAGGACAAGUUAGCGGAAAAUAUACAUGAAAUGUGGGCCAUGAAUAAAAUCGAGGCCGGCUGGGCUUGGGGCGAAUACAGGGACGAUUUACGACAUGUUCAUCCCUGUUUGGUGCCAUUUGAUAAGCUGCCAACCGCCGAAAAACGAUACGAUUCGCAACUGGCUGUUCAGACCUUAAAGACCGUAAUUGCAUUGGGCUAUUACAUAACAAUGGACAAGCCGCCGUCCAGAAUUAAGACUGUCCGGUUGCCAAAUGAACCAUUUAUGCAGGGGAAUGGUUAUAAACCCGCUCCUUUAGAUCUAAGCGCCAUAACUCUUACUGCAAAAUUGGAGGAAUUGGUUGAUCAAUUGGCCGAAAAUACGCACAAUCUUUGGGCGAAAGAACGUAUUCAGCAAGCCUGGACCUAUGGAUUAAAUGAGGAUCCUGAUAUGUUGCGUAGCCCCCAUUUGGUGCCAUACAACAAAGUUGACGAUGCAAUUAAAAAAGCCAAUCGAGACACAGCUUCUGAGACCGUUAGGACUCUGCUAGUGUAUGGAUAUGUGAUUGAUCCGCCCACUGGUGAACAACAAGAAACUCUUUUGGCCGAAGCUAGCAGACUCAGACAGCAAGCGUUUCGAACUUACCGAGCUGAAAAGAACUAUGCAGUUGGUUCAGGAAAAUGGUAUUUUGAAUUCGAAAUAUUGACUGCUGGCCCGAUGCGUGUUGGAUGGGCGAAGGCAGAUUGCGCUCCAGGUUCAAUGCUGGGUUCCGAUGAAAACACCUGGGCUUUCGACGGUUACAACGAGGAAAAAGUGUAUAGUAAUUCGGCUGAAUCGUUUGGAAAGCAGUGGCAAUUGGGAGAUGUAGUUGGAGUUUUUCUCGAUCUGAUUGAUCACACUAUAAGUUUUUCCCUUAACGGCGAAUUGUUGAUGGACGCCCUCGGUGGCGAGACCACAUUUGCGGAUGUACAGGGCGAUAACUUUGUGCCGGCAUUCACUCUGGGAGUGGGUCAAAAGGCGCGGCUCUGCUUUGGGCAAGAUGUAAACCAGUUGAAAUAUUUCACCACCUGCGGAUUGCAGGAAGGAUAUGAACCAUUUUGCGUCAACAUGAACCGAGCAGUAACAUACUGGUAUACAAAAGACCAGCCGAUUUUCGAAAACACCGACGAUAUGCCUGAUACGAAAAUCGACGUAAUCAGAAUCCUAGCCGGAUCAGAUAGUCCCCCGUGUCUGAAAAUCAGCCAUAACACCUUUGAAACGAUGGAAAAAGCGAACUGGGAGUUUCUACGACUUAGUCUUCCAGUGAUUUGCCAUCAGGAGUUUAUAACGGAGGAGGAGAAAAUGCGCCGCUGGAAUGAAAUCAAAAUCAGGCAACAUAGGCUGAAAGUGGAAGCCGAUCAAUCAGUGACCGCAAAUCCCGCACACAUUGAAAAUAUCAUGAGAAGUGGAUUUUCCAUGACUGAUAUCAAAGGUAUUAACAACUUAAUCCUUUAA